AUGUAUAGAAGUCAAAAUACAACUCUUUACACCGGCAACGUACAGUUGGCACUUGCCUCAUCGUCAUCGUUGACUUUCUUAGAGUCAGAAUGCAGGGAUGAAAUGAAGAAGAUGCCGAUGACGAAAAUGAAGAUGAAGUCGAAGCAAAAGCCAGAAGCCGGCCAAAACAUAAAGUUGCGAAAUGCGAUUCCUGUUGAAAGGGAAAAAGCUCCUUUUCAGCUUGAUACCGGAGCAACGUGUUCCAUGAUUGGUCUCAAAGCAUAUAGGCAGCUAGGUGAACCUGAAUUAAAACAUACAAACCAAAUUUUAAAAGCGUAUGGAAACCAACUUGUCCCUAUUAAAGGAGCUACCUGUGUGAGCGUUAGCUGGAAAAAUAAUGUCCACAAGUUGCCGUUGAUAGUAACCGAUAUGGAGGAAGGUUCAAGUAUCAUGGAAAUGGAUUGGUUUCAAACACUAAAAUUUUCGAUAAGCUGUUGCAAUAUGAUUGAGGAACCAUCUACGUUGCUGGCUGCUGCUCCAAAUGCUAACUUGGAUAAAAUGGUAAGAGAUGUGUGUUCACGAUUUCCUGAGGUUUUUUCCCCAGAGCUAGGUUGCUGUAAGGAUUUUAAAGCUAAAUUGUUUCUGAAGCCAGGAGCCCGUCCAAAGUUUUGCAAACCACGCCCCCUUCCUUUUGCCUUAAUGGAGCCCGUAAAGGCUGAGCUUGAUCGUCUUGUUAAAGCUGGCGUAUUGAUGCCUGUAGAUUUCAGUGAAUGGGCAGCACCCAUUGUUGUAGUGCAAAAACAGUCAGGCAGCCUCCGAAUUUGCGGAGAUUUCAAGAUAGGUGUGAAUCCUCAGCUGGAUGUAGCUAGACAUCCAAUGCCGCGUUUUGAAGAAAUAUGCCAUAAGUUGAAAGUGGGCCAGCAUUUCACUAUAAUUGACCUUUCUGAAGCGUACUUUCAGGUUGCCGUUCACGAUGAUUCAAAGCCUAUACUGGUUAUAAAUACGCCUUUUGGACUGCUACGUUUUGAGAGGUUACCACCAGGAGUUGCUAGUGCACCAGGAAUUUUCCAGAGCCUAAUCGAACAAGUAAUAGGAGGAAUGGAUCAUUGUGCAGCAUUCGUUGAUGACUUGAUUGUCACUGGUCGCAAUCCAACUGAGCAUUGCCAAAAUUUGGAGGAGCUUUUACACCGUUUUUCUGCCAAUGGAUUACGCUGCAACAUUACGAAAUUAUUGUGGACGCACUUUAGAGAUGACUACCCGCUUAUACUAGCAUGUGAUGCUUCGUCUUAUGGUAUAGGUGCCGUUUUGCUGCAUAGGUAUCCUGGUAGAACCGAGCGUCCGAUUGCUCACGCCUCUAAAACCCUCAAUGAUUCUCAGAAAAAAUACAGCCAGGUGGAAAAAGAAGCGCUAUCAAUUAUCUUUGGUGUUCAAAAAUUUCACCAAUAUGUUUAUGGCAGGCGCUUUGAACUAAUAACUGACCAUAAGCCACUUUUAAGUCUUUUUCAUCCACAGAAACAGCUUCCAGUGAUGACUGCUCAUAGGCUUCAGAGAUGGGCCAUCAUACUAAUGGGGUACGAAUAUUCAAUCAGGUAUAAGCCAACGCUUGCACAUGGUAAUGCUGAUGCGCUCUCACGUUUACCUGCUGGCUCUGAUCAGAUGUUUGAUAAUUCAGAGGCAUGUCUGGAAGCAACGCUGGAGCUGGAUGAAGAUAUUUCAAAUUUUCCGUUAAAUGCUAAGCUUAUUGCAAAAAUGACACUAAAGGAUCCAGUUCUUAAAAAGAUUCUAGAAUUUGUUGAAACAGGUUGGCCAGAAACCUCAAAAAACUUGGAACCUUCUCUGAAGCCAUACUUUGCUCGGAGGACCGAGUUUUCAAACUAUUACAUGCCGGACAUUGGGGAGUUGUGAGGACCAAGCAACUUUCACGCCUUUAUUGCUGGUGGCCAGCCUUGGAUGAGUACAUUGAGAGGAGCAUAAGCCAAUGUGAGCCUUGUCAACAAAACAGUAGUAGCCCGAAACAGGAAUUCGCCAGCUGGCCAACUCCUCAAAAUGCUUGGAGUAGAGUACAUGUGGACUUUUCUGGUCCAUUUUUGAAUCGUAUGUACUUUAUUUGUGUAGAUGCCCUGAGUAACUUUCCGUAUGUUGUCGAAAUGGGGUCAACGACAUCUGAGGCAACAAUAAAAGCUCUUCAAAAUAAAUUCGCUAUCGAAGGUUUGCCAGAGACACUUGUUUCUGAUAACGGAAGCCAAUUUUCUUCCUCCGUGUUCGCAGAGUUUUGCCAUGAAUUGGGUAUCGUUCACAUUAAAACUGCGCCAUUUCAUCCAGCUUCAAAUGGUGAAGCCGAGAGAAUGGUGCGGACGUUUAAAACUGCUAUACAAAAACAAAUUUCUGAAGGUGUCAAUGAAAGAGAUGCUUUAUUAACUUUUUUGACUUCUUACAGAUCAACACCAAAUGUCACAGGCAAGUCACCAUCUGAGCUUUUACAUGGUCGACCAAUGCGUUCCUUGCUUUCUCAACUGGAGCCGAUGUCAAAGCCUGAUAUCAAAACAGUUUCUGCAAAGUUCCACCCAUAGCAGCAAGUAUUUAUCCGUAAUUACGCCCGAGGCCCGAAGUGGAUUACAGGUGUUGUUCAAACUAAGAUCGGGAGGAAGAUGUAUCAGGUGAAAACGUCAAAAGGCACUGUACGUCGACAUCAAAACCAAAUGCGUGGUGUGUUAUCUUCAAAAGAAUUCGAUGCCGGCCAACGUCUAAUUGACAACACUAGAACGACAAGUCCGCAGUUGGAAGUUGAUAACCGACCUUCUACAUCAGUGCCUCCUCAAAGUAUUUUAAAGCCAAUUGAGUUGAGGAGAUCUACCAGGCCAUCAAAACCUACCGUCAGAUUCCAGUCCACGGAAACACUUAGAAACAGAAGACGUUGAAGCUAAGAAGGGAGGAGUGUAGUGUAUAGAGAAUGUGUUUAUUGUAUACAGUACCUAUAUUUAUAUUUGCUUCUUACAUAAAUACUUCUAUUAAAGACAUACUACUAUAUCUUUGUAUAUACUACUACUAUAUUAAUAUCAUAUAAUGUAAUGAGAGUGUCUAACGCUCAGUAAG